CAGCAGUGGGAAGCAGGCGGUAUGAGAGCAGGUUCUAAUGUGCGCCACACCGCAUCCGGCUGUCGGUGCGCGGGCAGUCUGCGUCUGAUAUGAGCUCGGACUGCGAAAGUUACUACAGCAAAGAAAACGUGUUCGUGGAGGGCUUCACGUGUCCGAAAGCGGACAGUGACACCACGGCACUUUUCUGCUGCGGGUUCAGUGACUUGAAGUACUGUUGUGAUGACCCCAACAGCUUUUUCCCCUACGAAUAUGGAUACAUGUGGUGGUUAAGUCUUGGAGCUCUUGUGGGUCUCUCUGUGGCAGCAGUGGUUCUUCUCGCCUUCAUCAUCACUCUCUGUGUCCUCUGCUAUCUGUUCAUCACCACUAAACCGAGAGGAUUGGACAACGGGCUGCCGCUCAGAGCACCAGGCUCUACGUCGAGUCCACAAGGACCAGAACCCAGUCAUACCAGUGCACAUGCUGGCCCACAAGGCCUCAGGAAACACUUCAUGAGGGGCAAGCUGGACUGCGACAACCAGCCCCCGGACCCUGACCGCCUUUUCCAGCGUUGUUUCAUGGCUACUGUGACCUCUAUCAACGUGGAGGGUCCUGCAUAGAUUGGUGGACUACAGCAUUUGACUUACUGACCAGCUUUUAGCUUGAUUCCUAUUUAUUUGCCACAGACCUGUCACCACUACACUGUAGUAUAUAAUCUCAGUAAUAUGAUCUCAGUUGCUUUACAAUUAGCUUUUAUUAGCUUUGAUGUGGGGAGUCAUAUGCAUUGUUUGUUGCCACAUGUCUUUUUGUAAUGUGUCUAUUGCACAAAAUCAAACCAACACAGAAGUCCUUUUGCUCAACAAACAGAAAAAAACUCUUAUUGCCAUUUCCCACUACCUGUUGCAUUGGUGCAACAAAAUAGCCAAAACAAAACAGCACAAUUAUGCACUCAUUGUGUGGAUAAUCAAACAUUUUUGAGGCGGUAAUUCAGCAGAAGAGAGUCUUGGUGACUGCAAAACAUGGUUUUAAUUUGCUUCUGAUAGACGAGAUGAGCUGAGUUAUAAUAGAUGUAUUAGAGCUCAUUCCCUGAUGUCCAGAGGUUGUUAGCACCUGUUGGUCAUGCAUUUUAUGGUUCUUGAAAACUGAAGAAAAUAUGCAAAGUUCAUCACUUGUUUUCACUUGUUGAAAUCCACUGAGAAAUAACCUCAAUACAGUGUCUGAAUGAUGAUUAGCCAUUGACAUCAUAGACUCAGAAAUGCUUUUGAUGAACCUGAGAGACAGGGUGAUUUUGGUAAAUAAAAAGUGAACUAUCUAGCUGUGCCUAACUCUCUGAGGGCACCUGCUGGCUCCAAACUCUGCUUUUACAAAGUGAUGGAGAAGUCAGUAAUGAAAGAAGUUGAAUAAUGUUUUGUGAUGAAAAUGUUUUUCAUUUAUUGAAAAAAGAAAAAAAAUAUUCAACUUCUCCCAUGUCUCCCGGGGCCACUCCACUCAUUUUAUGCAUGAGAUCAGUUUGCUCAUCAUAAAAUCUUAGAUAACGCUGGUGAUGUCAUCGGGAUUAUCUAAAGUUUGGCAUGAAGCUUCACAUUUUUAAACUAAAGCCUACAUUACAAACUGACAGCAUGGAGUUUGCAUGAUGUGGUUGCCUGCAACACAGUUCAAGGAAUGGCAAUGUCUGUCUGUCGGUUGGUGGGUCGCUUUGGUCCAGACUGAAAUAUCUAUACAACUAUAGCCGCUUUCACACAGAGAUCCCGCAAUAAAUGCGGAAAGAAUGGCCGCCAAUAUGCCGCAUUCGCUCAUUCAUACUGAACAAAAUAUUUCGGCAUACCAUGAGAAAUAUCUUGAUGGAUUGCCAUGAAUUUCAUACACAUGUUCUUGUCUCCCUCAGGAUGAAUUGUAAUCACCUUGACGGCCCCUUAACUUUUCAUUUAAGGCUUUCAUCAGGUCAAAAUUUUAAUUUGUCAAAUACCUUUUAUUUGUUUAUGAUCAAAUGCUUGCUGAACAACUGAUAAGGAUGCCAGAUUUUCAACAGCACUGCCUCUGAUUAGCGAGUACUCGUUGCCUCCAUAAAUUGAGUUUAGGGUUAGGAUGGGGUUAGGGAUAGCCAAUCAGAGGCAGAGGUGGGGGCAGGACUUUACGCAGAUCUGGUAAUCUAAUGCUGGUAAACAUGGUAAACAUUAUACCUUCUUGGCAUCUGCAUUUUAGAGCUGUUAUUGUGAGCGUGCUAGCUUGCUAUUAGCAUUUAGCUCAAAGCCCAGCUGUGCCUAAUGCCUCAUUUCCACUACACGGUCCAGCUCGACUCGACUUUUUGGUUUGCCAUUGGUGAAAGUGGAUAGUAUACCUGGUAACUUGUACUUCUUUGGUCAAGGUUCCAAGUGAGCUGAGCUGAUACUAAAAGGUGGAGUUAAAACACUGCGACCACUGAUUGAACAGCGAAAAUUGUCUAAGCUUAGAUGGAGUACGGUCUAGACCUGCUCUUUAUGAAAAGUUCUAAGAGAUUACUCCUGUUAUAAAUUGGCGCUAUAUAAAUAAAAUUAAAUUAAAAGCUGCCAAUUGAAUUUUUGAAAUUUUUUUUUUUCACUAGACACUAGAUUUGAAAAAAUGGCUGCCCGCAAAACCACGCCAUGGUCGACUGAUAAAGGGCAGAGGUUUCUCUGUUUUGGUUGCAGGUGUGUGUUUGCAUAAAGUUGAAGAUGAGGGGGUACAAUCUGCAGUGGAAAACAACAUUGAGAAAAGUACCUGGUACCAAAAGUGAGUCAAGUCGGGCCAAGCUGUGUCAUGCAGUGGAAAUGAGGCUCCCUAACAGUUUGUUUGUGUUUUACCAUAAUACAUUUAUUUAUAGGCGCCUUUCUGAACACUCAAGGUCAACUCAAGCACAUUGAAGACAUGUUUGUAACUCACUUGUGGUAUGGGAACAUAUACUUUGUGGCUGUACUCAUUUUAAUGACACAAGAGCUAAUUGACAUUAACAAGAAAAAUGUGUUUUCCUGUAUUUAAAGACAAAGACAGUAACUUGUGAAAUGCACACUUAAAUAUUUGAUUUUCAACUUAAAGGUAUUUAAAUACUGUACAUUCGCAAAGUAAAUUUCACGAUACACAAAUGCAUACUGCUCCAACCAUAGCAGCCUGCAAAGAUAAUAAAGAAGACAAAAGAGCUCAGUUUACACAUGUGGUGGACAUUGCCACUCCUGGUAGAAUGACAGCAGAUUGUCUCUGGCAGUCGCAAAACAGCCAAAAUACACACAGACACAGCCACAUUUGAGAACAGUUCAACUAGUAGUUUUAUGGUCCCCAUUGUUUUCUUUUAAUUGGAACAAUACCAGCUACGUUCAGCAGCCAUUGACAGUAGGUGACUUAACACUUUAAAUACUGCUUUAAAGUGUAAAUCUAUCCUGAAUUGCUUUUUCUCUCAUUAAUUAACAUGCUCAAAGGUGUUUAAGUUAAUAGAAUGUUGAUUUUGACUUUCCCAAUGUUUUGGGACAAAUUGUUUCAAAAUUGGUGAAAGCCAAACGAAGAAACCCAUGUCACAAAUGCAUUCAACAAUUCUGUACUUUAUUACGUGUAAACGUAGAAGGGAUACAACCUGGGUGCUUCACAUACCAGCUGUGAAUCUGAUGCUCACAUCCUAGAACACUUUGUGUUUUGCUUUGAUGGUGUGUGAACCAUAGCUUCGUGUUGUAGCUGUAAAUUGUUUGUACCAUGACUGCUCUGUUUAUUUUAAGAAGAUGAAUAUAUUGUCAGUCUGUGUUUAUUAAUUUAAUUGAAUUUAAUUAAAAUUUAAUGAGAGUAUUUAGGACCUCCCUAUGUUUACCAUCAUUAUAUUUAUAGCAAGAUAUCUGGCAGCUCAAGUGCCUCCUACUAAUAAAUGUGUAUUUUCUGAAGUUAUUAAAGUUAUGAACUA